AGUCAGCGCAAAAUCGUUGGUCUUCCUUAAUAAAAACAACCACAAAAAAGAGUUUGGUGUUUGUGUACCCCGAUACUCACCCUACGUAUCUACUCUUCUGCUGUGCCACCUCCCUUUCAUCAUGUCCAAGACCUUCUCGCAGUCGGAGCGGGAGAAGCUCCGCAAAGAUCGCGACAUCCUGCCGCCGCUGAGCGACGGCCCGUUCGGCCCUUUUCCGGCGAACUUCCACACGUCGGGCCGCGACACCGCCAAAACGACGGUGCACGGCGGCGCGCCAACCACCUCGACCAAGAAGAAGGCGACGGGUCGGUCAGCAGCUGCAGCCGCAGCAACGGAAGCAGCGGCGGCACCAAAGCGCGCGCCAGGGGACGUUCUCAUUGGCCACACCGGGACCGGAGGGAUGUCAGUGAGCACCUUCAAAGGCACCGGCGCGGCGAAGACGGCGUGCAACGAUGGCCGCUUCGGCGACCCAGCAGGUCCAGGCGUGGCGGGCGCGUACGCGAAGCAGCGCAUCCCGCCCACGGAGUUCCGCCAUCACUAUGAACGCGGCGACCUUCCCCUUUCCGUUCAGCACGCGGCGAAGCGGACGCUGAUGUGGAAGGUAGACGUGUCCAAGCUGGACUACCACCACUACCUUCCCAUCUUUUUCGACGGACUGCGCGAGCUGGAGGAACCGUUCAGCUUUGUGGCGCACCAGGGCAGCCUCGACCUGCUCGAGAACGGCGGGGCAAAGAUUCUGCCAACCGUGCCGCAGAUCAUCAUGCCACUGAAAACCGCGUUGAACACGCGUCACCCGGACGUGCUGCGAAAGGUGUUCCACGUCAUUCAGAAGCUGGUCGUCAGCGGCGACCACGUUGGUGAGGCGCUCGUGCCGUACUACCGCCAGCUGCUGCCGGUUUUCAACCUCUUCAAGAACCGCACCAAAAACAUGGGUGACCGCAUGGACUACGGCCAGCGCAACAGCCAAGACCUCAGCAGCCUCAUCAACGACACGCUGUACUUGCUGGAGCGCUACGGCGGCCCGGACGCCUACAUUAACAUCAAGUACAUGAUUCCGACGUACGAGUCGUGUGUGUAG